AUGUCAUUCGUGGGAGCUGGGUUUCUCACCCCAUACCAUCAUACCAAUUCCUUUGCCGGAUCGCCAAAGGAUAGGCCGGUUAAAUCUAGCCCAAAAGAUGAAUAUAAGCCUCAGAAGCCAAAUACCAUUGACACGUCGAGUCCCACGUCCAGCGGAGGCACCCAAGGACGAGCAGGCCCAAAUCGAAAGCGCCUUGUUUUCGCCGAUCCCGUCGCCUUUCGCUACCUUGAAGAAGACCCUGCGACUGAUUCUAUAGAACGAUGGAGGCGUCUGGAAGGGUACGAGAUGUAUGUGGUCGAGCAAUGGGCCUGCUCGAGAAGUCAUCCGACCUUUAUUAUUUGUACCUACACCGGCGACCCUUCGCACUCAAUCCUGGUGAACGUCCUUGCUGUACCCAGUGACGAAAGCACAUGGUCUCCCAGAUUACAGAUCUACUUCCAAGCAGUCUCUCAAUAUCAUGCAAAAGAGAAAGACACGCCUUUAGGCGCGCUCAUGGUCACCAACUUGAGUGGAUUCCCAUCAGCUCUGACCGUGAUCCCCGUCCCAGAUGGCGAUGUUAGGAAACAUCGAGACGAUUUCAUUGUCAACGAGGACCUCAAACGCAUGGGCUGCUCAGGGAGAGCCGGAAUCAACUUGCAGCCACCUCAAUCCUCUACCAUUGCCAAGUUCCACCACCUCUACCGGACAAGUGAGACGGUACCGCUAUAUCAGUCGGUCAUGGAACUGGUCCGAACAUGCCAAAUCGCUUUGGUCAUGUACGACAAACUCCAACCAACAUAUGCGGAUGGUUUACUUUGCGAUGUGACCGAGCAAGCGAUCAAUGAGUGGUGGACAGAUAUUGGCACCUAUUUCUAUAAUGUCGAACCGAACGACGGUAUUCUGGGGCCGACCACAGUGGCAGCUCUCCUCGGGCUUCUUAUCGGAGCAUAUAAUCGGCUCAAAGCCUUUGGAUCUCCUGUGGGGAAGGACGUCUUAGACACCGUCUCGAUGAAACGGGCCAUCGGCCAUUUCCAGAGAGGCCAGAAGAUGGAAAAGUCUCGACGACUUGACCGAGAGACUCUCGAUCGGCUUCACAGAGCUACGGCCAAAAAUGCCAGCGGUGAAGGCUGGACGGUACCAAAGGCAGUCAAAUCCACUGUUGCCGAGCUUAGUGGUAAAGGUGGGGAGAUGGUCAUGGGUAUCGUAGGAGGUCGGGACAAAGCCGGUAUCUCUGAAGCCGAAACCCUGGACAUCGAACGUUUUGCUCAGCUCGUUACCGGUCCCAAGAUGAAGUGGCUCUGGCAAGGGAAACCCCUCAAAUCGGGCGACCCGUUCGCCUGGCCAACCGACGAUGUUGAUCUUAAAGGCAGAGUCUUUUGUACUGAUGACCAAGGCAAUUUCCUAUGGACCGGCAAUCAACAUGACUCUAUGUCAGAUCUAAACGCCCUCGAGCGGACAGAUACGACAUACACGAAUCAAUCGGACACCAAGUCCGGCCGACACCGUUUGCGAGGAGCUGUUGGAGGCCUGAAAAGCUAUAAUCAUCGUUAUCAGAAAGAAGUUGACGAGGCCCAGGAUUGGGUCGAAAAUGCCGCGACUAGAAACACCCCUCGAGAUCAUAUGCUGAGAACGGCAACUGAGAUCGCUCAUCCAUCUGAACCUCGUGCAUUUGAUAUGCCCUUAGUCAAGACUGAACCGGUUUCGCCUCAUACCGAACGGCGUCAACCCCUACGCCGAACUCAGACGACCACUGAGAAGAAGAUCCCAUCACACAGAGAGCAACUACGACCCGCAUUGCCAGGCGACUCGCCCAGGAAGAAGAAAGUCGAGGCCCAGUUGGCUGAUCUACGCAAUGAAUUCAAAGCGGACAUCUACCGCAAAUUCUCCGCUGCUGUGCCAUAUAAAGGUCUCAGUAGUCGGGUGCUGCGACGGACGCAGAGCAAUGUUCAAUUGAUUGGUCAUACCAUCGACAGUCCCCGGCAAAACCGAAUUAACCGACGCGUUUCCUUCAGCGUCGUAGAAAGUGCAGUUCUGGACACAGGCACAAACCUAAUGGAGGAAGGCAUUGUGAAGGGCAAGAUCGAGGGAGACCUUACCAAUGCACUAGCCGAACGCGACGCCCUGGCGGCCUCUGCCCAGAAGAAGGCUAAACGUAUCCAACACAUUCAGCAAGGUCUGAUCCCGUACACGGAAAGCCGAGUGGUUCAUGUGGAGAGUCUGGAUCGGAUCGCGCACCAACAUCUCGAAGAACUCAAUGAGCUGUACUAUCAUCGCCUUGAAGAAUAUCAGACUCUACAGGCUACCUCGUCUGACCUUGUAUCGCAAGAGAAAACAGCUUUGACGGAGAGCUUCCGACGCAUGGAAAUGUUAGGGGCCAAAAUGGAUUAUGAAUUGGAUAGCUUGCAGAGUCGACUGCAAGAGGUGGAGGAUGCGGUGGAUGACUUUGAAAGGAAUGUACUGCUGAUCGAAUCGCGGGCAAGGGAGUUGAACGGAGAAAACGAAGGGCUGUCUGCAAAUUCGUCCUGGAUUGCACGGGUGCUGAACUUUUUGGGACCAAAGAAGUAA